AUGAAACAUAAACUCGUUUUUUUAGGGGAACAAGGAACAGGAAAAACCUCCAUUAUGACUAAGUUUAUUUACGACAGUUUCGACGAAGACUACCAAGCUACUAUUGGAAUAGAUUUCUUGGCGAAAACUUUUCGUACGAACGGAGAAAUAAUUAAAUUACAGUUAUGGGACACUGCAGGCCAAGAAAGGUUUUAUUCGCUCAUCCCAAGUUAUUUACGGGACUGUUCUGUCGCAGUUAUUAUUUACGAUAUCACAAACAAAGAGUCAUUUACCAAAGUUGAUCACUGGAUCGAUUGCAUUUACAAUGAAAGAGGCAAAGAAAUAGUUAUUGCUAUAUGUGGAAAUAAGCUAGAUCGAGAAGAUCAACGCAAAGUAUCUUAUGAAGAAGGAAAAGAGUACGCGCAGAAGUUUAACGCUAUUUUUUUUGAAACCAGCGCGAAAACAGGAGAAAACAUUAUUACUUUAUUUAAUGAAAUUUGCAAAAAAUUACCCAAAGACAAUAACGACAAUAAACUUCUUAGUCCUGUUGAAAUCGAGUUAGAACCUAACAACAGUUCGAGUUCCUUAAUUAAUACCUUGUGCAAAUGUUAG